UGGGAUUUACUAUUGAAUGAGAUACACUGUAUAGACAAUGUGUUUUUUCCAAUGACAUUCGAAUCUGCAAGAAGCAGUGUAAUGUAUUGUGCAUAUUCAACAUUAUUCAUGAUAAUUACAGUAUCAAGGGAAAUAAUCAGCAAUGCCAUUUUUGUCACAAUCAUGACAUGCAGCCCUGGAAUCAAAGCUGUCCUAAUUGUUCAUAAAUCUACAAAGCAUGAUCUCAGGAGUAUUAAUCAUCCGUGAUUGAGCAGACGCGUUGAGGCGAAUCAGUGGGAUCUCGUCAUGCUUCAUCACAGACCAUCUGUGUGAUUGUGAUGGUUUCUGAUGCUGCUGUGGUUGUGGUGAGAUUACUUCAGGUUGCUAAAUGUGUUGUUUAUCUUGCAGAUCUUCUGCAAAGCAGGCAGCGUGCUGAACGGACAAGUGUUAAGAAAGCGGCCGAUGAGGAGUUAGUGAGUCUGAGUAAGCGGCUGGUUGAAGACGCCGUGUCGCGAGCUGUGCAACAGUACAUGGAGGAAACCCAGCAGAACGGCUCCGCGCCGAAAGACCAGGGUCCGCCAGGGUCCGCCGGCACACUCAACAGCACCAAAUGACCCCUGACCCCACACGCAGCGUGGAACCGCAGCACACGGAGUCAGCAGACAGCGAGUGUGUGAACACUAGUGAAGCGGAGCCGAGUGUGCCGAUGCACAGCAGACUCAAACACACACUGAUUCCCCUGUCUUCCCUCUCCUGUUCACCCCGUCUCUCACGCUUCGUGUGUGUCGGAUCCUUCCCAGAGUGCAUCAGGAGUCUGAUCCAGUGUCGCUUUGACUUAUUCUCAUCGACAAUCGCUGUGAACUGCUCAGUGUGACCUGCAGACCAGCAGCCCAAUCCAAAGCCAGACUCAUGACCUGCGUUACCAACAUGCCUGUUGAUCUGUGUGUGUGUGUGUGUACAUGAUGAUGACGAUGUGUGUGUGUGUUGUGCCGUAGGGUGUGUGUGCACUCAGCGCAGGAUGGAUCAGGAAGGAGAGCGUGGGCGGACACAGGUACAGGCCAUAAAGACACUGUUAGCACAAGAAAACACUCGAGCGAAGAUCCUACAGGAGCUCAACCUGUCCGGCGGAGGAACUGCACACUGACCGGGGCGACACACAACCAUCCCAACGUAAAACACACACACACACAUACGCCCGCAGACACAGACCUUCACUGCCGUACAAACCAGCGAAAUGUAUCUCACACUGUCUGUGAGGUUAAGAAAAACACACACACACACACACACUGAAGGGAGGCCGGCCCGAACUAGUCUUGAUUGGAGCGUUGGAUGUCGAUGAUGCGUCAGACGAGCACCCACAGUGGCCUUAGAGACAACACACCUUGUUAUGAUAUUACUGAAGAACAUUUGUUUUGUUUAGUUCACAGAUUCAUAUUUUCACCAGAACCUUAAAAUGUGUCUUUUUACGCUCCUUGUCCUUGAGUUUCCCGUGUCGAUGAAGUGUUGAAGCGCCAUGAUUCAUGGAAGCAGUACUAUGAUGUCAUCAUUUAGCUUUUUGUUUCCCAUCCGUCACUUUUUUACUCUUAAAAAUAAAGGACAAGUUGACGGCGA